CGGGGCGGGCCUGGUAGGGGCGGGGAGAGCCCGGCAGCCUCCGCGGCAAAAUGGCUCCGAAAGGAAAGGGAAGCGGCAAGGCGGGGAAAGGCGCAGACAGCGGCGGAAGCAGCAGCGAGGGGAAAGCCCAGGGCCCGAAGGGAGGCGGCAACGCCGUGAAGGUCCGUCACAUCCUGUGUGAAAAGCACGGCAAAGCCAUGGAGGCCAUGGAGAAGCUGAAGUCCGGGCAGCGGUUCAGCGAGGUGGCCUCGCAGUACAGCGAGGACAAGGCCAGGCAGGGGGGAGACCUGGGCUGGAUGACCAGAGGCUCCAUGGUGGGACCCUUCCAGGAAGCAGCAUUUGCCUUGCCCGUGAGCAGCAUGGACAAGCCAGUGUACACAGACCCCCCAGUCAAAACAAAGUUCGGGUACCACAUUAUCAUGGUGGAAGGUAGAAAAUAAAAUGCUAAUGACCAUGA